AUGCUGCUUUACAAUUUUGACGAUGCAAUCAAGGAGGGGGAUGGUGAUCGCAUCUUAAGAUGCUGGAAGUUCAUGCUCUUGAUAUUCAGAGCAUACAAACAUACAAAGUAUGCUUUUGCUGCUUUGCAAUUGUUUUUCUACACUUCAUGCAUGUUAUCAGAGAGAAUGUCACAUUUGUUAGUUUGGAACCGAACUGUGAACAACCAUGGUGGUAAAGGCCGAAAUAUCUCUUUGGACUUGAGGUUAGAACACUUAAAUAAUCUCUUGAAGGAGAUGCUAAGGUGUCUUGGUGUCAAUGUGACAGAAAAAUCAGCUAAACGAUGUGGUGAAGCGAUGUCAAUAUUAGAAGAAAUGCUGCACAAGAUUGAUGUAGAGUUAGGUGUCAAGGAACCUUCUGGGCACCACAUCACAGCAAAUGAUGACCAAGAUUUUGCAGCCCUUGUGAAAGAAAUCCAUGAAAGAGGGGGGCUUUUCUCUUUCAACCCAUCUUCUGAUCGUAACUACGAAAAAUUUCCUGAUUUUCAAAGGAACAUCUUA